AUGCUUGUACAAGAAAUUACACGUAAUCUACUCAUUAAAAGAUCUUCCAAAACAAAAUACACUUACUUGGGACUUUUAUUUUCGGUUUAUUUUAUUCUAUGGUUGUAUCGUUUCUUACGUGUCCCCCCUCACUUGAGACAUUUUCGAUCUGUUGGUUACUUCAAAUGGAUGUUGGCAUGUUUACGUAAAAAAAAACCUACACAACGUCUUGUAUUUCCCAAAAACGUGUCGACUAUUCAUAAAUUUUACUUGUCAAGGUUACCUUUGACAGACUGGAUUCUCUUUACUCUCGACCCAGAGGCAGUCAAAACCAUCUUGUCCAAAACAAGUGCCUUCUCUUUAAAUACGCAAACCAAUCCACUCUCUCGUUUACUUGUCCAGAACAGUCUUUUAUCUGUAAAUGCACGGAAAGAACAAAGAAAGAUCAUGGAUCCAGCAAUUGAAAGGAUAGCACCUGUUCAAUUAUUAGGAUCACUCGUUCAGAAAGUGUUUCGUGUAAUUGAACAAGAAACGAAUCAGACAGUGAAAAUAAUUGAUUUAAUGUACAGGCUUACUCUAGAUGCACUGGGUCAUACCGUGUUCAAUUUUGACUUUGAGUCGUUGGAUAAACCAAAAAAGAUAGAGUGGAUCCAAAUGUAUACAGACACUUCAUGUUCGAGACUCGACUGGCUUCUUCGACAUGUACCAUUCAAAAGAAGACGAUUUUUAAAAAGUGUCGAUCGUUUAAAUGAGUUAUUCUUAUCCGUCACUGAGAAAAGAAGACAGGAAAUUCACAGCAAGAAGUAUGACCCGAGACCUGACAAUGAGAAGGAUCUUUUGACUUUGGUUCUAGAGUCUGAAAUACGAGAAGAAGGGUGUAUUCAAAACGAAGAGAUCAAGUGUAAUUUAGCUUCUGUUUUUGUAAACGGACACGAAACCACAUCUCAUGCUUUAGGCUGUUGUUUGUAUUAUCUCGCUUAUGACAAGAUCAUUCAAAACAAAGCACGCCAGGAAGUUAUCCGCAUUCUCGGAGAUGAGAAAAAGGAUGUUAUACCCACUGUAGAGGAUUGUAAUUCCAUGGUAUAUUUAGACAUGCUGAUCAAAGAAAGCCUUCGUAGAUUUGGUAUGCCAUUGUUUACAAGUCCCCACCGAAUGGAACAAGAUACGUUCAUUGGUAAAGUACUUAUUCCUCAAGGUACGAGUGUCAGUAUUGAUCUACAUGCUUUGCAUCAUGACCCUCAAUUAUGGGAGGAACCUUAUAAGUUUAAUCCCGAGCGAUUUGCACCUGGAGGUGAAUAUGACCAGAUGGAGAAGGAAAAUGGAUAUACAUUUGUACCAUUUUGUCAUGGAGAUGGAAUGGAUCUAAGCAUGACAGAGCAAAGAGUGACUUUGGCUAUGAUGUUAAGAAAGUAUUUGAUUGAACUUCCGGUUGAUUCGAUCCACAAAGGUGGUGUUCAGAUAGACAUGACACCACAUACACUCUUACUUCAAUUCGACAAGAGAUAUUAAGAAGAAAAAAAAAAAUGAAGCCUUUUUUUUUUAUAUUUACAAAAUUUUAGCAAC